AUGCCCGCCCGCGCCCCGCCGCGCCGCCCGCGGCCGCCGCCGCCUCUGCCGCUUUCGCUGCUGCUGCUGCUGCUGCUGGGCCUGGGCGCCCGCCGCCUGCGCGCCGAGCCCGGCGACGGGGCGCAGACCUGGGCCCGCUUCGCGCAGCCUCCGGCCCCCGAGGCCGCCGGCCUCCUCCACGACACCUUCCCCGACGGCUUCCUCUGGGCCGUGGGCAGCGCCGCCUACCAGACGGAGGGCGGCUGGCGGCAGCACGGCAAGGGUGCGUCCAUCUGGGACACGUUCACCCACCACCCCCCGGCGCCCCCCGGCGCCCCCCCGGUAGCCCGCCCGCCGUCGGGCGCCCCGUCGCCGUCCCCGCCCGCUACCGGGGACGUGGCCAGCGACGGCUACAACAACGUCUUCCGCGACACGGAGGGGCUGCGCGAGCUCGGGGUCACCCACUACCGCUUCUCCAUCUCGUGGGCGCGGGUGCUCCCCAAUGGCAGCGCGGGCGCCCCCAACCGCGAGGGGCUGCGCUACUACCGGCGCCUGCUGGAGCGGCUGCGGGAGCUGGGCGUGCAGCCCGUGGUCACCCUGUACCACUGGGACCUGCCCCAGCGCCUGCAGGACGCCUACGGCGGCUGGGCCAAUCGCGCCCUGGCCGACCACUUCAGGGAUUACGCCGAGCUCUGCUUCCGCCACUUCGGCGGCCAGGUCAAGUACUGGAUCACCAUCGACAACCCCUACGUGGUGGCCUGGCACGGCUAUGCCACCGGGCGCCUGGCCCCUGGCGUGCGGGGCAGCGCGCGGCUCGGGUACCUGGUGGCGCACAACCUCCUCCUGGCUCAUGCCAAAAUCUGGCAUCUCUACAAUACUUCUUUCCGUCCAACUCAGGGAGGCCAGGUCUCCAUCGCCCUAAGCUCCCACUGGAUCAAUCCUCGAAGAAUGACCGACCACAGCAUCAAAGAAUGUCAAAAGUCUCUUGACUUUGUACUAGGCUGGUUUGCCAAACCCAUAUUUAUUGAUGGUGACUAUCCUGAGAGCAUGAAGAAUAAUCUUUCACGUCUUCUGCCUGAUUUUACUGAAGCUGAGAAAAAGUUCAUUAAGGGAACAGCUGACUUUUUUGCUCUUUCUUUUGGACCAACCUUGAGUUUUCAACUAUUGGACCCCCACAUGAAGUUCCGCCAGUUAGAAUCUCCCAGCCUGAGGCAACUCCUUUCUUGGAUUGACCUUGAAUAUAACCACCCUCAAAUAUUUAUUGUGGAAAAUGGUUGGUUUGUCUCAGGGACCACCAAGAGAGAUGACGCCAAAUAUAUGUAUUACCUCAAAAAAUUCGUAAUGGAAACCUUAAAAGCCAUUAGGCUGGAUGGGGUGGACGUCAUUGGGUACACGGCCUGGUCCCUUAUGGAUGGCUUCGAAUGGCACAGAGGUUACAGCAUCAGGCGUGGACUCUUCUAUGUUGACUUUCUAAGCCAGGAUAAGAAACUGUUGCCGAAAUCUUCAGCCUUGUUCUACCAAAAGCUGAUAGAGAAAAAUGGCUUCCCUCCUUUACCUGAAAAUCAACCUCUAGAAGGGACAUUUCCCUGUGACUUUGCUUGGGGAAUUGUUGACAACUACAUUCAAGUGGACACCACUCUGUCUCAGUUUACCGACCCGAACGUUUACCUGUGGGACGUCCACCACAGUAAGAGGCUAAUUAAGGUGGACGGGGUUGUGACCAAGAAGCGGAAGUCCUACUGCGUGGACUUUGCUGCCAUCCGGCCCCAGAUAGCCUUACUCCAGGAGAUGCACGUUUCCCACUUUCACUUCUCCCUGGACUGGGCCCUGAUCCUGCCGCUGGGCAACCAGUCCCAGGUGAACCACACGGUCCUCGACUACUACCGCUGCGUGGUCAGUGAGCUCGUGCGCGCCAACAUCACCCCGGUGGUGGCGCUCUGGCGACCCGCGGCCCCGCACCAAGGGCUGCCGCGGCCCCUGGCCAAGCACGGAGCCUGGGAGAACCCCCACACCGCCUCGGCUUUUGCAGAGUACGCCCGGCUGUGCUUCAAGGAUCUCGGCCACCACGUCAAGUUCUGGAUCACGAUGGGCGAGCCGUACACACGGAACAUGACCUACAGCGCGGGGCACAAUCUUCUGAAGGCUCACGCGUUGGCCUGGCGCGUGUACGAUGAAAACUUUCGGGGCUCUCAGAAGGGGAAAAUAUCCAUAGCCCUGCAGGCCGACUGGAUAGAGCCGGCCUGCCCUUUCUCCCAAAAGGACAAAGAAGUGGCAGAGAGAGUUUUGGAAUUUGACAUUGGCUGGCUGGCCGAGCCCAUUUUCGGCUCUGGGGAUUACCCGCGUGUGAUGAGGGACUGGCUCACGCAGAGAAACAAUUUCCUUCUACCUUAUUUCACUGAGGAUGAAAAAAAGCUAAUCCGGGGUUCCUUCGACUUUCUGGCCGUAAGCCAUUACACCACCAUCCUCGUCGACUGGGAAAAAGAAGAUCCAAUGAAAUACAACGAUUACCUGGAGGUGCAGGAAAUGACCGACAUCACGUGGCUCAACUCCCCCAGUCAGGUGGCAGUAGUGCCCUGGGGCUUACGCAAAAUUCUCAACUGGCUGAAGUUGAAGUAUGGAGACCUCCCCAUGUAUAUAAUAUCCAACGGCAUAGACGAUGAUCCGCAGGCAGCCCAAGACAAGCUGAGGGUGUAUUACAUGCAAAAUUAUGUAAAUGAAGCUCUGAAAGCCUACAUAUUGGAUGGUGUCAAUCUUUGUGGAUACUUUGCUUAUUCAUUCAAUGAUCGCACAGCUCCAAAGUUUGGCUUCUAUCAUUACGCUGCAAAUCAGUUUGAGCCCAAACCGUCCAUGAAACAUUAUCGGAAAAUGAUUGACAGCAAUGGCUUCUCGGGUCCUGAAACUCUGGGGAGAUUUUGUCCAGAAGAAUUCACCCUGUGCACCGAAUGCGGCUUUUUUCACACCCGCAAAUCUUUACUGGCUUUCAUAGCUUUCCUACUUUUUGCUUUUAUUAUUUCUCUUUCUCUGAUUUUUUACUACUCUAAGAAAGGCAAAAGAAGUUACAAGUAGUCCUGACCUUUUUCCUAUUCAUUUACUUUGAAAUGAUUAUGCACACACAUCAGCUGUUCACCAUUUGCACUUCUCAGUGUCGUAAGACUGGAUUUCACUUAUCUGACUUCUAGAAAAAAAAUCUGUGGCGUAUGACAGAGGUAUGGAAGUGAGCAUAGGUGAUUGUAAAAUACUGAAUAAUGUGAAUAGUGCCUGGAUUUGUUCUUUCUUGGAGGAUGAUCAAAGACGGUUAGGGGCCAUCAUCUCUGCAACACAUUCUGUAACAAAUGUAUGGGAAGUGGGACCCAUUCUGGAACAUUUUUAUAGAAAUUGAAUAGCAAGAUCAGUGCCCGUUCCUAAAUUAUCUUGAAGUAAAACAAAUGUGGAAAUAAAAAGUUAAGUCCCAAAUAA